CCUGUUUGGAAACUAAAUGCGUCAACUUUUGUGUUUGUGGACUUCAUUCUCGCAUCCUGUCGGAGUUUUUAGGACAUGAGUGAAGAUGAAUGAGGAUGCUUUCGAGGUCCCGGAGAGGACCGAGUACCGCUACCUGGUGCAGGAGGAGGAAGAGGAGGAGGUUCAGUACGUCCGGCACAGGCACUACAUCAGCCCUGUCCUGGUGCUGUCCAGACGCUGCAUCUUCCUCAUCUGCCUUAUCGUCCUCGCUCUGCUUGUGCUCGCCACCUACCUGGGCUAUGUGGCUCAGACGCUGCCGCCAGGCCUCGCCCAGGUGUUGACGGACUGUGGAGAGUUUAGAGGAAGACAUAAAGAUGGAGCCUUCUCCUUUAAGGGCAUGCCUUAUGCCGCUCCGCCUGUCGGUGACCUGCGUUGGGCUCCCCCAGCAGAUCCAGUGUGCCGGAGUACGUUGACUGACGCCGGUCGCUUCCGCAGCAUGUGUCCUCAGGUGAGGCCGCUGUCGAUCACAGGGAAGGUGAUGGGCCAGGAGGACUGCCUCUUCAUCAACGUGUGGACGCCUUCGCUGCAGCCCAGCGCCAAGCUGCCCGUCAUGGUCUGGAUCCACGGAGGAUACCUGCACAUGCUCAGUGGAGGGGAGACAGGAUACUCGCCCACGGAGAAGCUCGCUGCCGACACGGAAAUGGUUUACGUCAGCUUCAACUACAGACUCAACGCCUUUGGCUUCAUGGCUCUGGAGAUGCUGAGAGAAGGUUCCCCAAGAAACACCUCAG